CCUUCCUGACGUCGGUCACUGGGUGGCGCUAAAAUAUCAUGCAACAGAGUCUGCGCCUUCGACCCACGUGUAGUCUGUUCCUGGAAGGGGGUGGCCUGCUCAACGCGCACUGAACGAUUUGUUUUGAAGUGUUUUAAGCUAUGGAUGAAUUACCUACGGACCUCAAAGCCUUCCUUCUUAAGUACCCUUUUCUUCAUCUUACAGAUGGCAAAAAGAUCAAAUGCACUCUGAAUGGCCAUGAGUUGCCGUGCAACCUGGCGGAGCUGCAGAAGUUCACUAAAGGGAAGAAGUAUGAGAAACUUAGUGCUGCAGCAGAGUUCAACUACAGCCAGUAUGAACCACACGUUGUACCAAGCACAAAACAACCCAAUCAGCUGUUCUGUAAGCUGACCCUCAGACACCUCAACCGGCUGCCGCAUCAUGUCUUAAGACAUGUGAACGGGAAACGCUUCAAGAAAGCCCUCUCUAAAUAUGAAGAGUGCGUGAAGCAAGGGAUUGAAUUUGUUCCAGCCAGACUCAAACAGAAAAGGCCCAAAGACAUCACAGAGGAGGUCAAUUGGGGGAAGCCCUCAAAACACGGGAACAACGCAUUCGAACCCUCAUCCAGUGACGAGGAUCACAGUGACUCAGAAGACAGCAUGAGUGACCUCUACCCUUCCACAGUGUUCACUUUAAAAAACGAGGUGGAAGAAAGUAUGGAGGGUGGCAAGAACGAGGAGGAGGAUGACUUCCAAACAGAUGAAGACAACGAAAUGGAACUGGAUAAGCCGAUUCUGCAGAAACGCAAGAAGGUACAGGGCGGUGGUUUUCAGAAGAAAUUCAGAAAUAAAAAGAAAUCAGGCCGAAAGAAACCUGGAAAAGAUGUGCCAAAUGGAAAGUAAAAACUGAAACCUUUUUACGUGUAGUAUACGUGGUAAUUUGUCAGGGAGCAACACUGCACUUCCAGUUAGUAGUAUUCCUUUCUGAGCCAACCCGACCUUUGUAAAGGUGAACAUCCCUUCGAUCUUCUCAUAUUUUUUGCAUAUGAAAGAUUGUCUGUUGUCCGAGUUGUGAUGCUGCACAGUUCCCACGAGGCAGAUUUACAUGAAAUGAAAAAUGUUUGUGGCUGUGAACGCAUCAUUUGACUGGAUAAGUUGUAUUGUCUGGUUUGCAACCAUGUGUGAUUGUUUAAAAUACAACUCAAUUUGGAUUUGCAAA